ACGUGCGGAAAGAUUUCGAAUUUACAUUUUGUAGAAACUCAAAAUGACUCUCUGUAAAGUUUUAAUUGAAAUGGUGUUCUUCAAUUGGAAGGUAGAAUUAACGGGAUGUGCACACAUGGAGUAGUUAUGGAGAACCGAAUCUCAUGGCUACCGAGAAACACAUUGCGUACUUUAAAGGAUUCAGACAGUCAGCUGCCGUCGUUUUCGUCUCGUCGGCCCUAUUUGAGGGUUCUGUACUAGCGCAGGAUCGUCCCGAGGUGCAGCCUAGAGUUCAGAGCACAUCUCAGCCACGGGCAGAGCUCUACGGUGGAACCACUAACUCGCCUAGUGCAGGCAGAAGUACGGCCACUUAUGGCCCUCCUCGGCCGUAUGAGUACAGUUACCAAUUGGAUGAUACAAAUGGAUCAUACGGACACACGGAGAAACGUGACGAGGGUGGUCGCGUUGAAGGAGAGUACUCAAUCAACCUCGGCGAUGGCCGAGUUCGUGUUGUGAGAUACGUGGCGGAUGAGAACGGAUAUCGCGCGGACGUGUCGACGGAUGAACUUGGAACUGAGUCGAAGAACCCCAACGACGUCUAUAUCGGGUCGACCGCUAUCUCUGGAAACGACGCUGCGCUCAAGUAUGGACCGUUUGCCCCACCGCAUGUAGAGGAACCGGUUCUCAUACCUGAGCGACCUCAGAUUCGAACAAUUGGUAGUCAGGUGGCUCUGCCGACGUAUGGCACAUUCGCUGGCGCCCAGAACCGUGAGCCUACUCGGGUUUAGGUCAUCCUAGCAAUCUACUUUUCCGUUCAUACGCCAAAUUUCAUCAUGCGGAGGCUGAACGCUUUAUGGCUCAUUGUGCAUACCUAUGUCCGAUAUCUGUCCUAAUCACUACAUUACUUUGUACUUUAGGUCACUCGGUUUAUGCCGGGGUAAUUCGUUGAUUGUAAAUAAAGUUCCCAUAAAAGGGCUUUGCUUAUUGAUUUGUAGGGUAAUCAAAUUUUCAGAGUUAUUGGCAUUAGCCAAAAAUAACGUUAUUAAAGGCAACGAACGAUUUGUAUUUUGAACCUUUUAUUGUAUAUGGUCAUGAUAUUCUUCCAUAGUUUCUUGACACGGGACAUAUGCGCUCAUUAAGACCUAAAGAAAGCUAACAAGUAAAGGUUAGUCGAACGGUAAAUCGUACCGUAGAGGGCAAUCGCUAGGGGCUGUGAUAGUCUCGAACCUGUAUUGAUUCCUUUACCGGUCGUUAAUUAAGUCGUCCUUUAAAAUGAAUGUUGUUUUUCUAUCCUUUUUUUUUUGGACAUCCUAUUUAUGUAAGAGUGAUCAAAGAUAAGAUCGGCGAAGUGUGUUUAAGCUUCGAUACGCCAUAGCACUUAAGUUCGACAAUGAUGAUUUUAGCGAAAUUUCUAUGUAAAUUUUAUGUACAAGUAGUCACAACCAGUUAAAAGGGGAUUUUUCGAAAUAUGAUUUUGCUCAUUUUAAGCGACAUGAAAGUAAAGGGGAAAUUUUCCAAUAAUUGAACUGCUCGUACAAUAUUUGCUAUACAACUUUUUAGAAAGAACGAAAAUGUAAAGUACA